AACAUCUCUACCGGACACCGCAACCCAUUUAAUCCGUCGUCCGCCUCAUGGCCAGACUCAACGAGGCCCCUCUGCCAACAGAGAGCGUUGAUGCUCUAAAGCGCCGCUUCGUACGCCAGAACCGUGAGCUCGCUAAAAACAACUCGGCGCAAUGUUUGCGUAUCCGCGCUCUCGAAUGCGAAGUCUCGCGUCUUCUCGCCGAGAACCUCGACCUUCGUGAAGACAUUGUCCACCUCCAAGCACAGCUCUCGGAACCUCGCACGCAAAUCGACAACACCGCUCUCGUGUCUGUCAAGGACCAGCUCCAGGCGAAGCUACUCGAGUUUGGAGCCCUCGUCUCGGAACUUGGCCAGAUCCAAAACAGCCACCCCUCUGCUCAGCAACCCAAAUUUUCCGAUCCCUCGUCAUGGCGUCCUGACGUCCCUGUCGCUAUUCUGUCUGGCCAGGCCCCGAGAAUGGAUGGCAUCGCCGAGGAGAUGUGCUCUCCUGGUGGCUCUCUGCAGCAUGUUUACUCCUCUCCUCAAGCUUUUCUCCAGGGAGCUGACAAUAGCAGGACCGGUCGCGCCAAUAUAACACGCCUAUCCGAUCACAGCAACGCCUCUCCUGACAUCGGUCCGCCUCCAGUCGUUCAUUUCGAUAAUGAAGAUCCUAUAAAGUUCGAUGCCUUGUCCGCCGAAGCCGACCAGCCCCAUGAUCACGAACAACAAGAACAACCUACCUCUGAUAACGAAUCACUACCAAGCAAUUUAUCUGUCAACCUCGAAACAAGAAGGAAGCGCAAGGACUCUAAAGUGCAAAUGCGCAGGAGCUCGCUCCUACCACUUGAUCUGGAUGAGGACGACCAACCACAACUCACACGGACGAGUGCUAAGAGAAAGCUCAGCGUGAGAGAUGUUGAGGACGAGAGCGCGAAUGGUGUUGUGAAGGACGAUUUCAAGUUCAGCAGGAGGUCCUCUAUCGCGGCCGACUUUAGGAUCACCGAAUCCACUACAACACCAACAAGCACUCUGGAAGAAACCGAGACUCCAAGUCUUUUGCCUGAGCGCAAGGUCUUAGGUAACAAGAGUGUCAAUGUUUCUCCUCGGAAACUCUCCAGAUCAACAAAAGGAAAGGGAGAUCUGAAGAAAGACGAUCCACCACUCAAACCAGCUACAAAAACGACGGACCGCAGGAAGUCGAGAAACCCCUCGGCAAAAUCUGUCACAAUCUCAACGAGCGAGCCGGAGACGAUUAUGCGAACUAUUGAGAUUGCACUACCCGUGGAGUCUGCAUCGGAUGCAGAGGACAUGGCGCCAAAAACACCACUCCCGGAAUUCUUCUCGCCCACACCCUCGGAACCUUCAGCAGCAAGAGACGAAGGAAGAGAUACGCCACCUCCAUCAGGAUUGAAGUCAAUGAGCUCAGGACCGGCUGCUCUGAAUGGCGCUAGUAGGCCUUCGCGACGAGCCAGAGCAGCAGUCAACUAUGCAGAACCGAACCUGGUGAGCAAGAUGCGCCGACCAUCAGCAAACAUGGCGAAUGCAGUAGACGCCAAUGGACGACGAAUCAGCAGUAGCACGACUGCUUCGGAGAAAAAAGCAAUGAGAACAGUCAUUAUCAACACAGACAUGACGGGAUCAUUGGCACGAGAUAUGGGCUCAGAAGCACCAAGUCCUCUAGGACAGAAAAUGGACAGAGAGCACGAGCGAACAUUUGAUAGCGGCAGAAUGUCAUCGGCAUCCAGCAGGACGAUUUCAGCUCUGAUGGCAGGAUCCAAAAAUCACGAAAAGGAAGCAAGCGAAGAUAUUGGAGUAUAUGAGCUGAAGGACUCUUCUGAUGUAGAGGAGAGUCUGCAAAGCAAAAAGCGAGGAAGCAGGCGGCACUCUUCGGUUACAGACAGCAGCGAGAGCGACCUGAGUAGGCAAAGGACCAGCACUGGUACAGACGUGCAGAGUGAAGUGGAAGAAGCGGAGGAGAAGGCUGAGGCAGAAGUGCAAGAGACGGUGCGAAAAGCACCGAGAUCAGCACGAGUAGACCGUAGCGGAGCACGCAGACGCAGCAUGAUGGUCUAG